UCUCUCUCUGUUAGCUCAUCAUCACUUUGCUUCCCCGUAACCCUUGUUGUUCUCUACAGUGACUAAUUCACCCAUGGCCAUUGGAGAGAUCUUUUUGGGUUCCUUCUUUCAGGUCUUGUUCGACAAGUUGACUUCUUUGACGUUGGACUAUGCGCAGCGAGAAGGAAUCAGCAAAGCCCUUGAUGAGUGGAAGGGGAUGCUGGAAACAAUCAAUGCUGUGCUAGAUGGUGCACAGGACAAGCAACUGAGUGGUGACCGUCUAGUGAAGCAGUGGCUGGAUGAUGUUAGGGACUUGGCCUAUGACAUGGAAGACUUGCUCGAUGAGUUCGAUAUCGAAGCCACUAAGGCCAAGUCGGAGGCAGAAUCCAGCACAAGCAGAGGUCAGUUGAAAAGGAAGUUCUCUUUCUUUAACCAAUCAUGCUCGCACGUGUCUGAGACCAAGGUACAAGAGAUUAAUGGCAGGUUGGAAAAGAUUCUCACCAGGAAGGCUCAUCUAAGCUUGAGAGAGAAUGCUGUGGACAGAUCCAACUACACCAACAAAAGGCUCCCCAGCACUUCUUUGCCGGAGCUUCAGUUUUUCGGUAGGAAGGAGGAAGAGGCACAGGUACUCGAACUAUUGAUAAGUGACGUCCAAAAUUCUGAUGCUACUCUGAGCAUAAUUCCCAUAGUUGGGAUGGGUGGUGUUGGAAAGACAGCCUUGGCUCAACGGCUGUAUAAUGAUCCUAGAGUGAACAGCUAUUUCGAGAGGAGAGCAUGGGUCUGCGUUUCGGAUGUUUUUGAUGUUCUCGACAUAACGAAGACUAUUUUGCAGUUGAUCAGCAAAUCGCCCUGCGAGGACAAAGAUCUUAACUGGCUUCAAGUUAAGUUGAAAGAUGAUUUGUCUGGGAAGAAGUUUCUUAUGGUUUUAGAUGAUGUUUGGAAUGAGAAGUACGGUGAAUGGACAUCCCUCUUAAAGCCAUUUGAAGCAGGGGCUAAGGGAAGCAAGAUCAUCAUCACGACGCGCAACCGUUCUGUUGUUUCCAUAACAGGAGCUUCGCCAUAUCCUUUGAAGGAGUUGUCCAUUAAUAGCUGUACUAGCUUAUUAUCCUAUCAUGCUCUGGGAGCAAGAAAUUUUGAGAGGCACCCAAAUCUUGAAACAAUUGGCAAGAAAAUAGCUGAAAAAUGUAGAGGUUUACCUUUGGCAGCGAAGAUAUUGGGCGGUCUCCUACGUAAUAAAGAGAAUCCCGACGAAUGGGAAGCUAUCUUAAAAAAUAGAAUUUGGGAUGUAGCCAUGGGAGAAAAUGAUGAGGUUCUUCCAGCUUUGAAAUUGAGCUAUGUGCAUCUUCCUUCUUAUCUAAAGAGAUGUUUUGCGUAUUGCGCAGUAUUUCCAAAGGACUACGAAUUUGAGAGGGAUGAUGUGGCACUCUUAUGGAUAGCAGAGGGCUUCUUAGAUGGACGGAAAGCAAAAGAGAAUAUCUUGAAAUUAGGAUGCAAUUACUUCGAUGAGUUAGUAUCUAGAUCCUUUUUUCAACAAUCCAGUGUUGACACAUCCAAGUUUUCGAUGCACGAUCUUUUGAAUGACCUGGCAAAGUCAAUUGCGGAUGUGACAUGCUUUACCUCUAGCGAGUCUCAGCUAGUGGGUGAUGAAGAUAAUGCCUCUCUUGAAGAGAAAGCUCGCUAUGCAUCAUUCAUCUCAUCGGGGUUUGUUACAUCAAGAAGCUUGAGAGCAUUUGCUAGAAUGAAGGUACUAAGAAGUUUAACGCUACUGACUGCUCAAUUUGAUUAUGGCAGAAGAAUAAUCUAUAUUUCCAAAAAGGUGCUGCAUGAGUUGCUAACAAACUCAAAGUACUUGCGGGUGUUAUCAUUAUGUUAUUGUGACAUCAUAGAGGUACCGGAUUGUGUUACUGAUUUAAAACAUCUCCGAUAUCUUAAUCUCUCAUACACUAGCAUCAUAAGGCUACCUGAGUCAAUUUGCGCCAUGUGCAAAUUACAAGCUUUGAUCUUAAAAGGUUGUCGGCGCCUUUCUAUGUUGCCUCCGGAUAUCACAAAUUUGGUCAGCUUACAGUUUCUUGACAUUAGAGAUACAGAGAGUCUAAAAGAGAUGCCAUUGAGUAUUGGUAAUUUGAAGAAUCUUAUUAUCUUGUCCAAGUUUGUGGUAGCACCAGAGAAAGGGUCACAGUUAAAGGAGUUAAAGAACUUGCCGCAUCUUCAGGGAGGAUUAAUUGUAUCUGAAUUGCAAAAGGUGGAAGAAGUUAGAGAUGCUAAUCUGUUGGGAAAGGAGGGCCUCAGCAACUUAAUCUUGCUUUGGGAUGAAGAUUUUGAAAAUCUCCGGAAUGAUGAGCUCGAAGCACCCGUGCUUCGCGCCCUACGACCUCACACUAAUCUUGAAAAUCUCACUAUCUCGUACUACGGUGGUGGACUAUUCCCGUCAUGGUUAGGUGAUCCAUCUUACUUUAAGAUAGUGUCUUUGUGCUUGCGUGGCUGUCGUAAUGUUAAAUUGCUGCCAUCCCUUGGACAACUACCUUCACUUAGAGAAUUAUCUCUUGAAGGUUUAAAUACAGUAAGCAUGAUAGGCUCUGAAUUUUACGGAAUUGAACGCCCUUUUCCAUCCUUAACAAUUUUGAAGUUUGAUCGGAUGUCGGUAUGGAAAGAUUGGUCUCGUUAUGCCAGAGGCCAAGAAAACAAAGUACCAUUCUCCUGUCUUCGACAUCUUGUUGUCCAGAGCUGUCCUGAGUUGACAGGGACAUUGCCUUAUCAACUUGAUCAUCUCUUAGAGCUCAAAAUUCGUCAUUGCCCGCGUUUGAAUGACUCAACCAGUGUGGUUUGUCUUCCAUCUCUCCAUGAGUUAUAUUUUGAGGAUUGCAACAGGGAGAUCUUAAAGAGUUUCGUCAACCUAACUUCUCUAACCAUAUUGAAAAUUGAAAAUCUUGCGGAGCUUGUUUGCUUUGAUCCAGGGUUUAUGGGCUGUAUGCAUAAGUUGAAGGAGCUCGAUAUAGGAGACUGUGGCAAGCUAACCUACCUGUGGCAAGAUGGUAAUGAAACGCGAAAACUUACUUGCCUCGAGAGUAUAGUCAUCAAAAAUUGUCCACGAUUCACAUCAUUUGUGGCGGAAGAAGGAGAGAUAGAGCUGUUGUGCAACCUUGAAAGGAUGGUAUUGACGAAUUGCACGAGUUUAGAAAGGCUUCCAACCAAGAUGCAUGCACUUAGACGUUUGAGCAUUUCGAAUUGUCCAAAAAUCAUGGGACUAACCAUUCCUCAAGAUGACCCUGAUAGCAAUGACACGAUAUCACAACUUGAAUAUCUGUGGAUUAGGAAUCAGGAUUCUCGGAUAUCCUUUCCGUUUGCCGAGGGUGGACUUGCUGCUCUGAGGGAACUUUAUAUUCGGGAGUGCGAGGGACUGGAGUCGCUAGAAGAAAUCGCCGUAGUAGAAUCACUGAAAUCUUUGGAUAUUGGCUCCUGUAAGAAUCUUGGAAGCCUACCGCAGUGUCUUCACACGCUCGCCCAUCUCACUCGUUUGAGCAUAUUUAAUUGUCCAGCACUGGAGAUAGAGGACUUCCCUCCCCUUCCCCUCACCCUGUCACAUUUCGCUCUCAGUGAAUGUCCGAAGAUAAAGUCUAUCGCCAACUGUGACAUUGCCAGCUGUAAAAAUCUCACUGAAUUGGAUAUAAAUUGCUGUCCAGAAUUGGAGGUGGAGGACUUUCCUCCCCUUCCCAUGUCCCUAUCGAGCCUUAAACUUUCUAUGUGCCCGAAGAUAAAGUUCUUGCCAAAUGAGUGGCAUCGUCUUACUUCCCUCAGGUUUCUAUGGAUUACGUGCUGUGAAAAUAUCAAAUCCUUCCCCAAAGGGGAUUUGCCUCCAAAUUUGCGGUCGUUUUGCCUUUGGGGGUGUGAGAACCUGAAGCAGCCAAUGAGAGAAUGGGGCCUACACAUGCUCACUUCCCUCGACUAUCUGGUAAUUGACGGAAUAAGCAUGGGAGGGGAGGGAGAGAAGGUGCGGUUUCCUUCGGAGGAGAACGAGGAGGAGGAUGCGUGGAGUCUUCUCUUCCCUUCCUCUCUAACCACUCUUGAUAUUGGAGAGAUGAAGAACGUGGAAAGACUGUCGAGCGGUCUUCGCAACCGCCUCUCCUCUCUCAUAUUUUUACGGAUCGGAGAUUGCCCCACGUUGAGGUACUUGCCAGAGGAUGGCCUCCCUCCCUCCCUCCAACGAUUGGAGAUAUAUGAAUGCGAGAUUCUGAAAGACCGAUGCUCAAACCUCGGUGGCGACUGUUGGCCCCUCAUCCAAGACAUCCCUUACAUCGGCAUUGAUGACGAUCGGAUCCAGUGAAUUGAUUCGGCCAUGCACAGUGGGUUUUCUAGUGUUCGGUCUCACAUGAAUUUCCGGAAAUCCAAGAAAUCCCUGACCAUCCGCAUUGAUUGGGGAUUCAGAUCCAAUGAAGUGAAAUCGAUCCACUUUCGCUUUCAUUUGCUGACUGCCGCGGUUCCUUCUUCCAUCUACGGUCAGAUUUCUAUGGGUUCGGGGAGUUCCGGAACAAAAGCUUCAAGCUCACUUGUGUUCCUUUGGUGGAACUGGAAAUCUUGCACUUCAACCAAUGUAUACCUUGUCUGAUACAUCUCCUCCCUCUCUGCUACUGUUGGAUAUGUAAAUUUUUUGUUGAAGCAAUUUUCGUAUGACAUUGUGAAGCUCUAUUAGAGGUGGUCAGAAGACCAGAGUUGCAUUUUGCUCGACGAGCCAUCCAAUCAUCUGGAUUUGAAUGCAGUUGAGGUGCUCAUUCAAGGUCUGGUCUUGUUCCAAGGAGGAAUUAUGAUGUUUAGUCACAAUGAGCAUGUAAUAUCUGCAAGCAUGGACGAGCUCUGGGUGGUUUCUCAAGGCAAGGUGGCGCCUUUCCAUGGGAAUUUCAGGAUCAUAAGAAGAUACUUCAGUCCACGUUGAAUCAGGCAAGUUUAGUUCUUUUAAUCAUCCAAGAGUGGUUCUAUGGGGUCAUGGUACCUUACAAAACAUAUAAUGAGGCUUAUCUACAAAGAGAAAAUAAAAAAGGAUGAGGAGACGAUUGCUGCUGAUAUACAGGAUGUACUCACAUUUACAGCGGCAGACGUGUGUCAUUUGAUUAGGGUUCGCAGAAGGACGAGUCUAAGUCUUUGACAUUGAAUAUGCAGUAUCAUUUGCCAAUAGCUUAAAAACUGAGUCUGGAUUGCAGUCCUGGAUGUUGAUGGAAGUGUUCCUUUCUUCUGGGGAAGUGAUUCUGAAGGUAAUCUUGUCCUCUCGGAUGAUGCAGAAGUUGUGAAGAAGGGCUGUGGGAAAUCCUUUGCACCAUUCUCGAAAGGAUGCUUCUUUACUAGCUCUGGAGGUUUUGAGGAGAUAUGAGCACCCACUGAAUGAGGUGAAGCCGGUUCCUAGGGUGGACAGCUUGGCCAAGUGUGCGGUGCGACAUUCAAAGUGGAUGCGGAGUCUAAGAAGGAGUCCAGCAUGCCUAGAGUUGGGAGUGCUGCGAACUGGUCCUCGCACUACUGAGUCUUAUGGUUUAUGGCCCUUUUUUGGCCAGGCCAUUAGUUAUUGAAUGGCCUUCUAUUGCUUAUAACCCAAUCACCCUUUCUCAUAUAUUGACAAUUUUCAGCUCUAAUGGUCGGUUGCUCUAUGUUGAGAGUUUGAGAUGACGUUUUAUGCAGCUGUACAUGUUUUUUAUAAAACCAAGCCUUUAAAGAACCUGAUCAUGUGCAAUAAUAUCUUUCUGGCAUUUCAGUUAGCCA